CUGCUUUAACUACGGCAGGCAAUUGCUGCCUUCAUGGCUGUGUAUUAUUACGUCCCGUCCGUCCCCAAAUAGCUGGCAGAUAAAUUCAGUCAAAAGUCAACGAGUUCUAAGUUUGACCAAGGAUAUAUACGAAAAUAUUAAAAUAGACAAUAUCUACUUUUUUUGCGGGAAAAGACAAUAUCAAAUCAAUAUCAAUAUGUUCACCAUUAGAUAUGUUUUCAUAAUCUGUUUAUUCAAUAUUGUUGUUGUUGGUAUUUGUUUUCUAUAUAUUUGGUCAAACUCGGAAAGAAUUGACCUUUUUUACUGGAUUUGUAUGUCAUGUAUUUGGGGACGCUGAGCUCCCGGGCUUCAUUUCAUCCUCGGAGUUCGUAAAUGACCGUGCUACAUACGAUGAAUAAGGUCUAUUUUUUCCUGUAAAACAAAAAAGAAAGAGGAGAGGGAGAGCUGCCAGCUGCGUUGUGAAUCCAUCACAAGCGCCGGCUGAUUUUGAUAAUCCGUUUGAGCCUCGUGAGUUAGUGGCGUGUUUGUUUUUCAACAUGGAGUUAGUGGUGUUUGGUAUGCUUGGGACCCACACGGGAAACAAACAGAGAAGAAUGACUCGGAAGUGGCAGCGGCGGUUAAACUAGACAAACACACAACCCCUUUCCCCUCUCUGCUCCUGCUGCUCUGUCGUUCGUCGUCCCGGCCGGCGUGGUUCGACCCGCCCGCUCUAGUGGAGUGACUGGUGAGCAGACCCAACUUGCUCCAUCAAUUUGUUCUGGGAUUUCUAUGUGUAGCGCGGAUUCGUUUGCUCCUUUUGCUUUGCUUGGUGCAGAUGUGAUUUAUCUGUCUUUUCGCUGCAAAUAGCCCUUCAUUCACUUCAUCCGAUCGAUCCAGUCUGUAGCGGAUCUGUUGAUUCGCAGUUGCUUUUGUAGAGGCACAACCACAACUAAUAGCAAUCAGUUCCUUAGAUCCGCACAACUAAUCAGGCCCCUUCCUUCUCUUAUGACGGUUAAGCACCCCAAUAUAGUGCAAUGUGUAGGCUACUGCUAUGAAACUCUGAAUGAGGUUGCAUCAUACAAUGGGAAAAAGGUAUUUGCAGAGAAGGCGGAAAUGCUACUUUGCUUAGAGUAUCUCCCCACCGGAAGCCUCAAUGAGUAUCUAUCUGAUGAAUCUUCUGGACUUAAUUGGAGCACACGCUACAGAAUAAUCGAAGGGAUUUGCUAUGGUUUAUGUCACCUUCACGGGCAAAAAGAUAACCCCAUUAUUCACUUGGACCUUAAACCUACAAACAUAUUGCUCAGCGACGGUAUGAUAGCAAAAAUUGCAGACUUCGGUUUGUCAAUGUUGCUUGUACAACCAGGCACUAUUAUAGCGUCGUCUUCUCUUGGAACACCUGGUUACAUUGCACCAGAGUUUGUGAAUGGACGUAAAAUUUCGCUCAAGUCGGACAUAUUUAGCUUGGGCGUAAUAAUCAUCGAGAUAAUAACGGGAGGCAAGGACUACCCCCUUGAUGUUACUAAACCAUCAUCUUCAAACACAUUUGUUGACGAUGUUCUUUGCAAAUGGAAAAACAGAAGAUCACGGAGAUAUGGAACCCUAGAUGUAAAUUGCCAAGAAGAAAUAAAAAGAUGCAUUCAGAUAGGUCUAAUAUGUCUGAACCCUGAUCGCAAUCAAAGGCCUGCAAUAAGGAACAUCAUCAGGAUGCUUCAAGGAACAGAAAGUAUUGAUUGCGGCAUUAGCAACCAUGCAACAUCAUCGACAGGCUAGGCAUGCACCGGAACCGACGACCUAUCUCGUGUCGAUCGACGUCACCGUGAGACCCCUCAUCAGCAGCUUCGACCUCAUCCACUGUCAGGGUGAAGGUAGGGCCCUCAUCAGCAGCUCCGGUAUAGGUAGAGGGCUGAAGGCGCCAGGACAGACGUCUGGUCGGUUUGCGAGUAUUACUAACUGAUUUGCUUGAUGUUUGUAUGUUGCUGUAAUAACUUGCAAUCGGGCUGCAUUAAUUAUUCGUUACUACCUUCAUAGUGUAAAGUAACAUAGUAGUAGUGUCAUAGAUGCAAGCUUUUAAAUAGUGGAUAACGGACUGGUUGCCGAUUAUGGUCCGUGUAGCGGAAUGCGGAUAGCAGGCGAUAUUGCGGGCGCUAUGUCCACAUAGCCAAUUUUAAAAAAAACACUCAUAAAUUUGAGAUUGCUGUGUAUAUUUCUAGGCCACUGACAAAAAAUAUGACGCUUAAUUUGAGAAAUCAUCAUUUAUAUAAGAAUAUAAACUAUAAUUGAACAAUAUUUGGUCGUGCAACCAUGCCAUCAAGACACAUUUAUCAAAAUAGAUUACACAACAAAACAACAAGGACUUAUAUAGCGGGCGAUAUUGCGGAUAGCGGACGAUAUAGCGGUCUAAUAAGUGAUAUUGCGCCUGCAUCAUGACAACACGCUAUUUUCUAACGCAACCUUAAAUUAAUAGCGGCAGGGUGACGCUACCGCUAUUGUGGCCGAAAUAGCGGAGGUAGCGGACGCUAUUUAAAAGCUUGCAUAGAUGGUCUCAUUUAUUAGCUUGUAGACUUAUCUUGUCUUUGGAAGCGCUAUGUUACAGUAAUAUAUUAUGUUA